AUGCAAUAUUUUCAGGAUAACUUAUUAUAUCCAACUUAAAAAUGGUUAUCCGGAGAGGUCAGGCGUCGUAAUUUCUCUGAUGCCACUGGCGAGCAGUAAUUGAACUAAAAGCUUGAAAAACUCAAGGAAUACUAUGUGCAGCAAGACAUUUGCACAGUCCAGGACUGGGAUUCUAUACCUAAGAAGCAAAGACUGGUCUCCUAUAAGUUUGAAGAUGAGGGUAUAAUGGUCCAAGUGCAAAGAAUGCUGAACAUAGGAAUGCCUUAAAAGAACUAGGAGGAGGAUUUGAACAACUCAGACAAUGAGGGCGAAAAUGACGACUACAAACUAGAGAAGUUUGAAAAUAAGUACCUAGAGGCUACCAAGUAAGAUCGCAAGCGCAACAAUAAAGAACAGAAUAGAAUGCUUAAAUUCUUGCUCUGCGAUGGUAAAAUUGAUGUCUUAGCUGUGGAACUCGAAAAGAUCUAUGCUAUCAAUUUGGAUAACACUCUGCCAGGGAGUAAACUAAGAUUAAAGGGAAGAGUUGAGAUCAAGAGAGGCACUUACUUGCUCAGGAGUGAGAACAUUGAAGUCAUUUGGAACAAUAAGGAAGGAGGAUUUAGAACUCUAGGGAAUGUGAGUUUUAACAAUAUAACAGAGGGCCUGCUUAACCCUAAGAGCUUCGAGAAGAAAGGCAUGCUGCAAAAGAGGAAAACCCAAGAAAAUAAGGAAAAUGAAGACUAAGUUAAGCAAGAAAGCGAGAGAUAGUUUAAAUAGUAAAUGGAUGAUAUGAUGAUGCAAAAUCAGAGAAAUUUCAAAGGAAACUACGAAUACUAAGAUCAAGAUUAUAUUUGA